UGUGCACGGGGACGCGCUCCGAGGGCGCGCACCAGGCGGCGGCGGCGCGCAGGGCCGCUCUGGCUGGAGAAGCGCUUCCGGUGCCGGAGCAGGCGGCGCUUUUCGGGUGCUACAAGCAGCGCGGGCGGCGAGGAGCGAGUCCAGGACUAUGUCUGGAGAACUUCCACCGAACAUUAACAUCAAGGAACCUCGAUGGGAUCAAAGCACCUUUGUUGGACGAGCCAAUCAUUUCUUCACUGUGACAGAUCCCAGGAAUAUCCUGUUAACCAACGAACAACUAGAGAAUGCAAGAAAAGUAGUGCAUGAUUACAGGCAAGGAAUUAUUCCUCCAGGUCUUACAGAAAAUGAAUUAUGGAGAGCAAAGUACAUCUAUGAUUCAGCUUUUCAUCCUGACACGGGUGAAAAGAUGAUUUUGAUAGGAAGAAUGUCAGCUCAGGUUCCAAUGAACAUGACCAUCACAGGUUGUAUGAUGACAUUUUAUAGGACCACACCGGCGGUGCUGUUCUGGCAGUGGAUCAACCAGUCCUUCAAUGCCGUGGUCAAUUACACCAACAGAAGCGGAGACGCUCCCCUCACUGUAAAUGAGUUGGGAGCCGCUUACGUUUCCGCGACAACUGGUGCCGUGGCAACAGCUCUAGGACUUAACGCCUUAACCAAGCAUGUCUCACCACUCAUAGGACGUUUUGUUCCCUUUGCUGCCGUGGCUGCUGCUAAUUGCAUUAAUAUCCCAUUAAUGAGGCAAAGGGAGCUCAAAGUUGGCAUUCCAGUCACAGAUGAGAAUGGGAACCGCUUGGGUGAGUCAGCCAACGCUGCAAAACAAGCCAUCACGCAAGUCGUCGUCUCCAGGAUUCUAAUGGCAGCCCCGGGCAUGGCCAUCCCUCCAUUUAUCAUGAACACUUUGGAGAAGAAAGCCUUCCUAAAGCGGGAUACUGUAGAACAGGGUGACUCACUUGGCUCAUGCGGUUUGGAAAGUGGCCCUGGUAGAUCUGCCAAGAAAAAGGAGCCCGGUUUCUCGCUGGAGGAGCAGUACAUGCCUCUCUCCCCUCACGUUAACCUGCGUGACAUACUUUUGUGCCAGAGGAGUCUUCUCGGGGACCAGGAGGUUCCCGUGGAUGAGCGCACCUAUUCAAGUUGGAUUAGUUGGCUUUUGUUUGGUAUUUGCUACACCUCUGUGCUGUGCUCUGUUUCCUCAGAAAAGUUCCAUGUCUGUGACAAGCUUGGAGCCUGAUUUGCAAGCCAAGAUCCAAGAGACCUAUCCUGAAUUACGACGUGUAUACUUUAAUAAGGGGUUGUAAAGUAGUGGAAGAAACUCUACAGCUUAUACCGCCCACUGCAAACCUGGUGAGGAAAAGUCUGUUCAACCUGGGUUCUCCCAGUUACAGAAACCUUUUAAAGACCCACAUUAGCCUUUUAGAGUCAAGCUGCUACUUUCAGCACAGCACCUGGUACGGGCCAGGCGCCCAACAACCUGUUGGCUCCCUUACAUUUGAAUCACGAUGUAAUUUACAGAAAUACCCUUCCUCUAGCUUUUAUAGUAAUUGUUUUCCAAAGACGAUAUACCAGCCCUCACCCAGAGUUUUAAAAAGCACUGCUAGGCAUAGAGUAGAUGUUUAGCAUACGCUCAAUAAAUAUGUAUUGACUGUCA